AAAAUAAACUUAGCCGUCAACGCCGCAAACACGGGCUGUAAACAAUAUAUUGAAAAAGAAGAGGAGUUGAAAAAGAGUUCGCUUUUUAGAAAGACUUAUUGAUAUUAAAUAUAAAUGAAUUUAUCUUACUGAUUAUUUCAACCCGAAUAUAUAUUUUGUAAGAGGAUGUUUUCGCUGAUACACAAAAGUGAAAAUGCACACGAAGAGAGCAUUUGGACGUGCGCUUGGGCUUAUCCCAAACGAAAAAAGGAUAGUCAACCUGAUAAUGAAGACUCAAGAGAUUCGAUGCGAUCAAACGACGAGGAAAAAGAAUACGUGGUAACAGGCUCGUUGGAUGAUGCAGUCAAGGUUUGGGAACAUAAAGAUGGAGGUUUAAAAUUAAAGCACAAACUAACCGGACACGCUCUUGGUGUUGUGUCUGUAGCUGUAAGUUCUGAUGGCACAAAAUGCGCCUCCAGUUCCUUAGAUUCAAGUCUUCGAUUGUGGGAUUUGGAAUCUGGUGAAAAACUUCAAACCAUAGAAGUUGGUCCAGUCGAUAUUUGGACUGUCGUUUACUCUCCAGACGAUAAAUUCAUCGUUUCCGGUAGCCAUGCUGGUAAAAUAAAUAUGUACGGAGCUGAAAGUGGCAAACAAGAACAGACUUUAGAUACAAGAGGCGGCAAAUUCACACUCAGUGUUGCUUAUAGUCCGGAUGGGAAAUAUAUCGCAAGCGGUGCUAUCGAUGGGAUCAUCAAUAUUUUUGACGUAGCUUAUGGAAAAGUCUUGCGAACUUUAGAAGGACACGCGAUGCCUAUCAGAUCUCUAUGUUUCUCGCCAGACUCGCAGUUGCUUUUGACAGCAUCCGAUGACGGACAUAUGAAACUUUAUGAUAUAAAAGACGCCAAUGUAGCUGGAACGAUGUCGGGUCACGCCUCUUGGGUUCUUGGCGUGUCGUUUGCGCCGAAUGGAACAAAAUUUACUUCCUCUAGUUCCGAUUGCACUGUGAAAGUCUGGGAUUUGAUUCAAAGACAAUGUUUACAUACUUUCCAUGAACACGCUGAUCAAGUUUGGUCAGUGAAGUAUCAUUGUACUAAGAACAACAUGAUUGCAUCUGUGUCUGAAGAUAAGUCUAUUAAUCUCUACGAGCAUCCAUUAUAAACUCAGCUAUGUACAUUGCCAAAAAAUACACAUUUUUAUAAAAA